CCCCUGCACGGGGGAUUUGGGGUUGUGCCCUUUUGUUGUGAGGAUGGGUGGCUGUGGUGUGGCGGGGGUGCUGGAGGGAUUGGCAUCCACCGAUUGAUUUCUGUAUUUGGAUGGGAUCGAUGUCGGGCUGCCAAGCCUGGAGUUAGCUGCCAUGCUUAAGGGGGAAGGAAAAAGAUCUCGGAGAUGUUAAAUCCCUAAGACUUGGCCGGACUGCUUGGGGGGUGGGAGGCAGAGCUAGAAAAGAGCCCGCGGGCGGCUCGGCUCGUCGUGGCUGUCCAGGGUUUUUCACUUCUCCAGAGCAUAAAGAGAAAACCCUUUGCGCCGAAUGCCAUCGCAUGCUGUGGAGGGAAGGGGAAGGGGGCCGUGCGGGGUGGCUCUGAAACGGUGGCAGCGUUGGAAACAUCAUCGCCGUGUGCUUCCGCUGGUUCAUAUCUGUGUUCCUCAGGAACGCUUUACCCUUUGUCCUAGGCGAAACACGGGCCCACAGAGCCUUGCUUCUCCGCGUCCGGCAGCAGCAUUUUAUCUUCUCUUUUGUCCUCUUCGGUACAACGCAAUCUGAUGUCUCGUCUCAUCAAGUCUAAUUCCAUCCUCCCUAGGAAUCGUUGAACCCUGUUCAGAGAUGGAACACCAUGGAGAUUCGAAGAUGUUUAAGCCUAAUGGAUCAUAGAAGGUACCCGACUCUUUAGAGCAAGUGCAACGUAGAGCUCUGCUGUUGAAAGAAAACUGAGGACUUGGAAGUGCUCACAGUUCUUUAUCCUCUUGGGAUGGAGCACACGGGGAAUAAGUGCUGAAGUGUAGCCUAUGGGUACUUCUAAGGCAAAAAUCUCUGUGGGCUUAGCGUGUGGGAUCAUGUAAGGGACAAGAACUCCAGUUACCGUGGAUUUUUUGAAAAUCUGCAGAGGAACUAUAAGAUUCGUCAAGCAAACUUUGGCUGGCAGAGGGUCUGGAUAACAGAUAAAACAAUUCAACCACCAUGAGUUGGAGUUUCUUGACCCGUCUGUUAGAGGAGAUUCACAAUCAUUCAACCUUUGUUGGCAAAAUCUGGUUGACAGUGUUGAUUGUCUUUCGGAUUGUCCUUACUGCUGUUGGAGGGGAAUCCAUCUAUUAUGAUGAACAAAGUAAGUUUGUGUGCAACACAGAACAACCAGGCUGUGAGAACGUUUGCUAUGACGCUUUUGCUCCUCUUUCACAUGUGAGAUUUUGGGUGUUUCAGAUCAUUCUUGUAGCCACUCCGUCUGUGAUGUAUUUGGGCUAUGCCAUUCAUAAAAUUGCCAGAAUGGUUGAACAUGGUGAAACUGACAAAAGAACCAGAAGUAAACCCUUUUCAGUGCGCUGGAAACAGCAUCGUGGCUUGGAGGAGACAGAGGGUGACCAUGAAGAAGAUCCGAUGAUGUACCCAGAAAUAGAGCUAGAAAGUGAGAAGGAGAACAAGGAACAACCACAUCCCACCAAAGCUAAACAUGAUGGCAGGCGACGAAUUCGAGAGGAUGGACUCAUGAAAAUCUAUGUGCUACAACUUCUUACUAGAACUAUGUUUGAAGUUGGCUUUCUUAUUGGUCAGUAUUUUUUAUAUGGUUUUGAAGUCAGCCCAACGUUUAUAUGCAGCAGGAAACCAUGCCCGCACAAGAUAGAUUGUUUCAUUUCAAGGCCAACAGAAAAGACCAUUUUUCUAUUAAUAAUGUAUGGGGUGAGCUGCCUAUGUUUAUUUUUGAAUGUCUGGGAGAUGCUCCAUUUGGGAUUUGGAACUAUCCGAGACGCACUAAACAAUAAAAGAAGAGAGCUGGAGGACUCUGGUACCUAUAACUACCCUUUUACUUGGAACACACCAUCUGCUCCUCCUGGCUAUAAUAUUGCAGUCAAGCCAGAUCAAAUCCAAUAUACUGAAUUGUCCAAUGCCAAAAUGGCUUACAAGCAAAACAAAGCCAACAUAGCUCAGGAACAGCAGUAUGGGAGCAAUGAAGAAAACAUUCCAGCUGACCUGGAAAAUCUGCAGAGGGAAAUUAAAGUGGCUCAGGAACGCUUGGACCUUGCAAUCCAGGCUUACAAUAACCAAAACAAUCCCAAUACUUCCCGAGAAAAGAAGUCAAAAGCAAGCUCAAACAAAAGCAGUGCCAGUAGCAAAUCAGGAGAUGGGAAGACCUCUGUCUGGAUUUAACGUUGUUUGGGUUUGACUUGUACUUUUCUCUUUGUUUAUGGUAAUCAGCAACUUGCAGAAUAAUUACUUCCAUUAAAUAAAUAUUUGGCUCUGUUUAUCUUCAGGGAUACUGUUGGCUAAUGAUCCAGGCACUCAAAAAACUGUUCAUGCCCAUGUUCUAGGAUUAUAGAACUUUUCUUGUGUCUUCCAGGUCAGGAGAAGAACAGGUAUAUUUAAAUCAUUCUCAUUGAACGGUUUACACUGUAUGUACAGUAUCAUGGUACAUUUAUGCACAAUUUUUUUGUAUUUGUACAUUGAAUCUCUUCAGUUACACUUUUUUAUAUUAAAGAAAAGAAAAAGUAGGUAACUCUUAGCAUUUUGCUAGUUUUCUUACAGUGGUCUCUAGACCUCUUUUUCUCUUUUUUGUUCAAAUGUGAACCUGUCUAUGCUGCGUUUCAAAGUGCCUUGUACAUGUCCACAACUUGGAGGAUGCUUUUGUGACCAAAAGAGCCUGCUGAGUAUUGAUCACCUAGGAGCAGAGUGGUGAAAGCUUUGGGGAAUGUUUGCUAGUGGUGCCAUCGAGUGCAUAUUUAUAAAGUUAUUUGAAACUUUUGAAAUGGAGGUGUCAUGCUAAUUAGUAGAUGUCAUAGUGUUGCACCUGCAGUUUAAAUUACUUUUAGAAAGACAUAUGCAUACUAUAGUGCAUAUAAUCUUAAAGGAAUAAAGCCAUACAUAAUGUAAGCUUUAUCCAGCAGGGGGAAAAGAAACCUUGAACUCCUGUAAUAUGCUUUAAAUGAAAUGACUGUUUAUUCAAUAAUUCCAGAUUGAUAUGGUAUAUAUGGGAAAUAUGUAUUUCAUAAAGUCUGUUACAAUAUGAAAACACACGAGGGCAUUAAAUUGUUACAGUGACUCUUGGAUAAUUGGAUUGUAUGGAGUCACUCUAAAUUGUACAUUUUCUGUAUUGCAUUAGAGAGAAGUUUUGACAGACAUAAUCUUUGUUUAGAAGAAUAUGUUGCAAGCAAUUUUCCAACUACAAGUGACCAAGAUGUUUUACCCCCAAGUCCUCUUCACUCCAUCAUGUCCAAAGGCCUCGGUUCAGACAGAGCAAUAUGUAAAUUUUGUAUUUCUGCUUGAGAGACCAGUUGUGUUUGGCAUUCUGAGGAUUUGACAUUAAACUUAAAUUUAUAAUUUGAAAAA